AUAUUUCAUUCAUGACCUAAUCCCAACACGAUCGAUAUAUGUAUAAGCAAAUUCGAUAAGACAAAAGAAAGGAGUUUUUUUUUGUCAACAAAAGAAAAGGAGUUAAUUAACCGCUCCUUUAGUCUUCUUGUCGCAUCGCCAACAAAAGGUAAUAAACUGAAGAGCACUUCACAAAUAGUUUCACAAGACCCAAUAGAGCAACCCGAAGUAGCCGAUAUUUUCUUCUUUGUAUUCUUCGGUUAAGUUUAGACAAUACAAAUAAUAACUAUAUAAAAAUUAAAUAAAAAUCUUGAUAAGUGAUAAUAUAUUUUAAGUACGUCCACUUAGGGCAAGAUAAUAUUUUGAUAAGGAACCAAACAAUUGAAUUGGGUCUAUUUAAUUUGACCUAAAAUAAAGUUAGGUUAUGUCAUCUUUUCCCUCUAUUUGGUUUGAUAUAUAUGUACCACACCCAAGGAUUGUAACUUGUUAUAUACAAUAUUAUUAAAUUAAAGGUACUGCUGUAAGUCAAAACGUACCACUUGCAUAUAGUAUCUUUGACAUCAGUUAUAGUGCAUGUAAUAGUAAAUUCAAGUCGAGCUUCAUUGCAUGAAAGAAGAAACAAAAAUAAGACAAAUUAUUAAAUUAGUUUCGUGAUACACGGUGAAUUAACCAAAUGCGAAAAGCUUUAUUUGCGUAGGACCAUCCCAUCCACUUUUCAUGUGUUUACUUGAUGCGAAAUCGUGUAUGUAGUACGCAUGCAAUAAACACAAACACGCACACGUAUCUUUGAUAUCACUUUAUUAGUGGCUAGUGCAUGCAUGUUAUAGUAAUUUAAUUUCAUUCCACUAAUUUAUUUAAUAUAUGCGUGUAUGUGACUAUGAUAACACUGAGUACAAGUGAGGUAGUCAGGGUUUUGAUACAUAAACUCUUCGACUAUCUUUUAUAUGUGCAAAUUUUAUGAAUUGAAACUUCUUAUAGCUUGUGACAUUUAAAUGUACUAUUAUGUACGAAGGUGUCAACGUCAGUACGUAGUUACGUACAAGUGCGAUGACGACUCUGCAACUUUAUAAUUAGGCCACUCCAUAUCCAAGUGGAGAGAGUGAUUAAUGACAUAAAUAAAUAGAUAACGAAUAUUAUUAUUUCACUACUAAAAAUGAUUUCAAGAACAUUGAACGUUAACUAUCUGCCACCCUUAUAAUUUAUAUAUAUGUAACGCCCCAAAUUGCAUUGCUCAGCAAACGAAACAUAUUCAUUCCACCCUAUUUAGUUUAAAGUUUAAAAUUCGGGUUCUCAGGUAUAGUUACAUGGCAUCAAAAGUAGAACCAGGGAAGCUAGAGUGGAGGAUAAGUGUUGACAAUGAGACAACAAACAGACUAGUUCCUAAGUCAGGACCUAGUGAAAGGAUCUUUCUUUGGCUAAAAGGGUUGAUAAUGAAGACUUGGAGGAUUGGGGCAGAUGAUCCGGCCAAAGUGGUUCACUGUCUCAAAGUAGGACUUGCACUUUCAUUAGUCUGUAUCUUCUAUUACAUGAGACCUUUGUAUGAUGGAGUUGGAGGAAAUGCUAUGUGGGCUAUCAUGACCGUUGUUGUCGUCUUUGAGUCCAAUGUUGGAGCAACAUUCUCCAAAUGUGUGAACAGAGUGGUGGCAACUAUAUUAGCUGGAUCACUAGGCAUUGCUGUUCAUUGGGUUGCAACUAAAUCAGGAGAAGCUGAGAUUUUUGUGAUUGGAUCCUCUGUUUUUCUCUUUGCUUUCACAGCUACUUACUCGCGGUUUGUGCCGUCAUUCAAAUCCAGAUUCGACUAUGGAGCAAUGAUCUUUAUCCUCACAUUCAGCCUUGUCUCAGUAGGGGGUUACCGAGUAGAUAAGCUGGUUGAUAUGGCUCAGCAAAGAGUGUCAACCAUUGCAGUUGGAACAACUAUAUGCAUUAUCAUUACUAUCUUCAUAUGUCCCAUAUGGUCAGGAACUCAGCUGCACCGUCUUGUUCAAUGUAAUUUUGUCAAACUUGCCGAUUCAUUAGAUGGCUGUGUGGCAGAGUACUUCAAGAAGAGAGACGUCUCGACGAAUGAGAAUGAAGAUGAAACUAACAUGAAGGUUCAAGGAUUCAAAUGUGUACUAAACUCUAAGGGAACAGAGGAAGCAAUGGCGAAUCUGGCCAGAUGGGAACCUGCACAUGGAAGCUUUAACUUCAGGCAUCCAUGGCAACAAUAUGUAAAGAUAGGGGCUGCUAUGCGCAGAUGUGCUUAUUGCCUGGAGAAUCUUAGUAUCUGCAUGAACUAUGAAACGGAGGUACCAGACCAAGUCAAGAAGCAUUUCAGAGAAACUUGUAUGAAACUCACCGCAGCUUCUUCAAAAAUCUUGAGAGAAUUAGCGGAUAUCUUGAAGAACACUAGAAGAUCUUCAAAGAUGGAUUUUCUAGUGUUUGAUAUGAACUCAGCAGUACAAGAGCUUCAAGAGACCUUAAAAACUAUCCCAAUCCAAACCAACAAACCUGAAGAAGAAGAAGAAGUCCCAUCUGAUGAAGGUGAAGACAGAACCAUACCGAUGAGCCUACAUGAAGUACUUCCAGUUGCCACUUUGGUUUCCUUGUUAAUCGAAAACGCAGCUAGGAUUCAAACAACUGUGGAAGCAGUGGAUGUACUCGCAAAUCUUGCAGAUUUCAAACAAGACUCAAAAAAGAAAACUGGAGACAACAACACUAACCAACCACCACUAAGUUCUUAAAUCACUUUCGAUUACACUACAUGAAGAUCUUAAACCAAGUUUUCAUGUAUGUAUACAAGCCUUUUAGGAUAUGGUUGUUUAAGGCCAAAAAGCAAGUUAUAGAACUAAAUCUU